UUUUAUUGGACCUCUACACGAUUGAAAUCGACGUUAUUUUGUCCCAAAACCCACCGAAACCCAACUGACACCUGCGCGUAAAAUCUGCUCAGCAAAACGCCCCCGUGCAGGGAAAAAGAGAGGCUUGUGUAACCGACGCGGGCGCGAAGGGGUUAAGCUCCUCUCGUUCAAAAGCCGGACUUUCUGUGCAUGCGUAAGUAAACGGGUUGAAUUUGAUAAAUGGCCGACGAACUCCAGCCCUCCUCUGCCGUCCAAUUGUCAGUCCUCUUGGGAGCGGGACAUGCUGGGCCUAUUACGAGCUGGAAGGGGUACAGCGCACCACUUGCAGUAAGCGCCUCUUUUGCAGAGCAGCCUCCCCGUGCAGAACAUCCCACCAGCCGCUCGGCCCCGUCUAUCGCCAGGGACUCGGUAAGCUCAAGUCCGCAGCCAUGGUGAAGUGGUCGGUGCUAUCGAUGUAUUUUCUCCAAGGACUGGUUCCCCUCAUCAUCGGGCAGCAGCAGCAGCCCUCGCACAGCGGGAGCUGGCGGCAGCGGAUCCGAUGGCAGAACAACGGCCAGGUGUUCAGUCUGAUGAGCACCGCAUCACAGUACCAAUCUCCCACCCGGUCAGAGAGCCGAUCGAGGGUGUACGUGAGCGGCCGGAGGGACUCCGUCAUCAGGUACCCCAUGUCUGCAGCCGGGACUGCGCACAGGCGAACCGCGCAAUCCGACUCCAGCCGGUUCCGAAGCGACCACACGAUCAACCGCGUCGACGCGGCGUCUGCCCCGGUGGCUUACGACGGAAGACGACAGCACGGCCGUGCGUCGGGGGCUCGGCAACAGGCGCCGGACCCGCUCCAGCGCCAGCAGGACCGGGCAGUGGGUUACCCUGGCGCACGGCGUCACAACCCGGAUUACGCCUACAGGGCCAACGGCUCGGCAGCGGGAAUGUCCCCCGGGUUCCCCGGCGGCGAGGCCCCCAGGAGAGAGGGCUCCGUCGGCCAGGACGCCGCAGCGCGGUUCAGGAGCAACAACGAACAGGGGUACCAGCAGUUACGCGCGGCGCCGGAGACGGGAGUACCUGCCUUCAGACAACCCGCGCAGACCGACCGCGCCAGCUUUGAGCCCCCCGCGGCCUCAGACAGCGAGUCCGCGGCCCCCUACCCUAUUCUCGCGCGCGGCGAGGACGCUGCGAACGACGCGGCGGGUUACGGGGAGGACAUGGUUAACGACGACCCCAGAAACCCGCUGCAAAACCACAGGAAUUCGGUCUUCUACAACGCGUAUCCCUCCAGAGGCAGGCCGGCGACGCGCACACGCCGUCCACCUGGCACGGGAUACGGAACAAGUUAUUUCCAAAACGGGCUGCCAGACCUCGUCCCGGACCCCUACGCCAUCCAGGAAGGUGCCUACAUCCAGCGCGCACAGAUGUAUGCGCUGCGCUGCGCAGCGGAGGAGUACUGUCUCGCCAGGUCGGCCUACAGACCCGCCGUCCGAGACAUCGACUACCGCGUCCUGCUGCGCUUCCCGCAGAAGGUGAAGAACCAAGGAACCACCGACUUCCUGCCCGUGCGGCCGAGACACCAGUGGGAAUGGCACAGCUGUCACCAGCACUACCACAGCAUGGAUGCCUUCAGUAACUAUGACCUCCUGGAUGUGGUCAGUGGUCGCAAGGUGGCGGAGGGGCACAAGGCCAGCUUCUGCCUGGAGGACACAGGCUGUGACCCUGGCUUCAGACGUCGCUAUGCCUGCACAGCUCACACGCAGGGUUUGAGCCCCGGCUGCCACGACACCUAUGCUGCUAACAUCGACUGUCAGUGGAUUGACAUCACGGACGUCCCUCCAGGAAACUACAUCCUGAAGGUGACCGUCAAUCCCAAUUUCCUCGUGGCGGAGUCAGACUUCAACAACAACGUAGUGCGGUGUGACGUCACGUACACUGGCGCGUACGUUCAGAUGCGCAGCUGUCGAAUAACGAGGGGCUGAACCUUUCACCGGAACACCCUCCAUUACCCAGAAUGCCUUUCCAGGAAGCCCCAUCCUCCACGUACUGUACCCAGUAACAAUCUGACCCAAAGCUGUUGUAAUGAUGUAGGCAGUAAGUGCGGCUCUUCCACUUGUUCUAGGAUUGGAGUUUUUGCGCAAUAUUUCUCCCAGAUUCUCAAGUUACACCGCAUUUGUCAGAUCUGUUUACGUCCCACUUUGUUCUUGACAAUCCAAUAGAAGUAUUGUGCUUACACUGAUUUUUUUUUAAAUUGUUUUCAUGCUUGAAUCGGUUUUUUGUUCUUCUUUUCUUUUCAUUUCGGUCAUUUCGCUCUGUGUAGUUGUCUGUGCACGUCAUUAACUCGUUACAGCUGCUUUCAAGCCACUUGAGGGUUGCAGUAGUUAGUUGAAAAUACUCGUUAUUUUUUCGUGUCAUGUGUGAAGGAUUGUUUAAUAUGUGUCGCUAUCUGUGUGUGCGUGCGCGUGUGUGCGUGCGUGCGUGUGUGCAGUCGUGCUGUACGUUUGAGUGAAUGAACCUAUGGGUCUUUAAAUUGUAAUGUAAAACUGUUUAUUUUGCUAAAACUUUGCUGAUGAUAACAAAAACAUUUUAUUAUUUUUUUGGUACGUUUGAUUUAAUACAAUAAACAGUGAUGAGUGAGAAGCCCUGAGCAGACGCGUCCUCGCUGAGGGUUUAAGGAGGGAAAUUUAUGAACGUCUCACUUUCCCCCCGUCAGACCAGCAGACUGCAGCUGAAACAGGUCUCUGGCUUGUAGAAGCGAGUCCACGUUUCAUUUUGGAAACACCUAAAAACCAUAACAGCGAGGGACUCGACCAUGUCAAGAACAUAACAACAACAAAAAUAAAACAAGGGAGAAGAGAGCGUCCGGGUGGCGUGGCGGUCUAUUCCAUUGCCUACCAACAUGGGGGGGGGGUCACUGGUUCGAUUCCCCGUGUUACCUCCGGCUUGGUCGGGCGUCCCUACACAAUUGGCCGUGUCUGCGGAUGUGGGUAUGUGUGUCCUGGUCGCUGCACUAGCGCCUCCUCUGGUCGGUCGGGGCGCCUGUUCGGGGGGGGCGUGAUCCUCCCACGC